GUUUUUAAUUUUAAAACGAUCAGGGCGCAGGGGCCUAUCUAUAAUAUAUACAUCAAAACCCUAAUUUUACAUUUGUCGCCUGCAGCUCUCAGCGAAGAAGAAAAUCCCUAAACCCUACCGUCUCCGCUUCGUCUCAUCCGUCUGUAAAAAUGGAAUCAACUGCUGCCAUUGAGAAAAUUAAGCAGAUUGUUUUCAUCAACCCGAGAUUACAUCCACGAUUGCCUUUAAGUAAGUUGGAAUUUGCUGUGUCGCAAGCAAUUGAGACCGUUGUUCCUGAGUUUCUCAAGAUGUCCGUAAGUCAUGCACUCCAGAAAACCAAAGCUCAUGUUUUGAUGGCUUAUCCCUUAGGAACGGAUGACCUCCGGAGAAAUAAUGCAGCACAUAUGAUGGCCACUUCUUUAGCUCAAAGAUAUGCGAAUGAUUUUUGCAAUGAACCUUUACGUGGAUGGAUGUUUAGCUUUCUCCAUGGUUCAUUUCAGCAGCCAUGCAUUCCAUAUGAAACUCGGUGCAGAAUUGUGGACUCUAUCAUCAGUGAAAACCUUGAAUCUAUUUGCGUGGGCAUCCAAGAAAUUGCCAGAACAGAGGUAGUGCGUGAUAUUGAAGCUCAAGUUAGGUCAUGGAUUCAUUCAAACAUUGCUGAGGAGAAGAUCAUGGCCAUAAAGGAUAAUUUGAAGGCAAACAUUUCUGUGAGUGAGAUGAAGAAUCUACUCGAUUCGCGUUUUGGGUUUGUGGGAGACAAAUAUGAAGCUUUGUUGGAGGCUAUUUUUAGUGGGGUGGAGAAAGGCUUUGCAAAGGUUCUUCAGGAGAAGAAGAGCUAUUUACUUGCCGUCAUGGAACCGAUGUCCGAAGGUUUUCUUCUUCAAGCUAUAGAGAAUUAUUUCAAGAAAAGAUGCUCGGUGUCAUUCAAGGAAGAACUGCCAAUGGUGUUUAAGUGUCUUGUUAAUGAUCCUAGUCUUGUGGAGCGUGAUGAUUUAAUCUCGCACAUUAAAGACUUGAAGGAUGAAACUGAAGCCACUACUUCAAUUUGGCAAUCUGUGAAGAAUCUGCUUGAGAGAAGACGUCAGGGUGUUACUGUUCAAGGUAGAAUCACAUGGAUUGGUUGACCAUGGCCAGAAUUAGUCUAAACUUGAAUCUGAAUACAUUGAAUAUUUAUUUUGCUUCUGUUUUCUUUCUAAAUGUGGUUCCAUGUAUUCAAAAAGGUUUCGUUUUCUUGCAUUAAGCAGUCAAUCUUUUAUUUUGCGUUC